UAUGAAAAAAAACAAGUGAAAGACUUUGGAGCAGUAUUCCAAUAAAGUCUUCCAUUGUCCUCUAGCUAGCCCUUAAUUUGGAGGUCCCAUUAUUUCAGAGUUUUUUUUUUUUUCCAGAAAUGGCACCGCUCCCAAAGACAACCAUACAACAUUUCACACACCCAAAACAUCCAUUAACAGUAUAUGAUUCCAACACAAAAUACUUAUGUGAUGGUUGCAAGAUCCCUGGCAUAGGUAAAAGAUAUCGCUGCCAUGGUUGCGAAUUUGACCUGCAUGAAUACUGUGGAAUAUGUCCAACAAUUCUUUCUUCUUUUAUGCAUCUGAACCAUUCGCUCAAACUUGUCGUACGCAAGCCACAAGGCAAUCGUCAAUUCGAUCGCAUCUGCAAUAUCUGCUGUGAUUCUGUUGAAGGCCUAUUUUAUAGGUGUGAGGUUUGUGAAUUUGACGUCCACCCUCUCUGUACUCAGUUGCCUGAAACACUACGACAUGCUCUACAUCAGGCCCAUCCUUUAAGGCUUCUAGGCUCGUCCGAAGCAGGAACCUGUGCUGUUUGUAGAGGAGCAUGUAACGCUUCUACAUGGCGUUAUAGGUGUCAACUAUGUAAAUUCGAUAUUCAUAUGGGUUGUCUUAUGGUACAAUGUGAAAAGAAAACAUCAUCGGACAGAGGAAUUCCUACAUACGUUCCACCAUCUGUAUUCCCUCAGGCUCAACCACAACAUUUUGGUGGUUAUGCUUAUGGGGUUCCAUAUUGGAAUCCUAAUUCUAGCCCAUCUUUUCCUAGUCCAUCUAACAUGCACCAUUACAAUGCGCCACAACCACAAUAUCAAAGUAGUGGACGAAUUGGGCAAGUGAUGUUUGGUCUGGUGAAAACACUUGGGGUUGGAGUGAUUUCUAACAUGAUAUUUGGAGUGGAUGUGUCUCCAUUGUUUGCUGUUUAAUGUAACUUCAUUUCAUCCUCAGCUAUGGUAAGCGUUUUACGAGAAAACAUUGAGUCUCGGAUUUCAUUCCAAGCAGUCCCAUGUACUAUCCCGUUGUUUACUUUAUUGCUAUAUGGAUUCAAUUUAUAGUCAUUGACAGUGUAAUGAAACUCUUACACAUCAGUGCAUAUAAUUUAACUGUUGUAAA